AUGUCGCCUCCUAUAUUGAUGAUCUCACCCACGUCUGAUCAUGAGGUGCAAGCGUCUUCAAAGAAGGACACCAGCAAGUGGGCCUCUUGGGAUAAUUUAGUAAAUGACUUUAUUAGGCGGUUCAAUAAUAAGCUUAAGAGAAAGCUCACAGUCGAGACCAAUUUGGAUAGGGGAAAGACGAUCAUUGAUGAGAUAUCAAAACCUUCAAAGCCUGAAGUAAGCUUACCUCAACCUCAACUGAUAUGUUUUCAUUUUUCACAAGAAAGAGCCGCACACCAGCUCUCUCCCUCUAGCCUUUUCUCUCUCUCUCUCUCUCUCUCUCUCUCUCUCUCUCUCUCUCUUCCUUUCUCCUCUCUCCCCUUUCAAAAAUCAGCACCGACCACCACUCUGCCGGCAGCCGUCCAACCAGCAGUAGCCAACGAUCCACCAGCGGCCUUCGAUCCCUUUCCUACAUCUCCUCAACCAGUCAUGUUGUCGCUCCAUCCUUUUCUCUCUUCUCUUCGGCAAGCGUCCAUCAACCGCUACCACUGGCCGACGGGAGUUCCACAAGCGGCAACUCCAAAACCGCUGCUGUCCCUCUCUCUCCAGCGAGCCAACAGCAACUAUCAUCCCCGUCUCCAGCCGCCACCAACCGCCGCGAGAUGUCAAAAGUUUGAAGAUGUUGGAUGAGAAAGAAAAUGAUUUCGGAAACCUGAAGAGCUACCAAGGAAUUGGUUUAAGGACUAUCCCACUUGGCCCGUCUUUUAAAUUCAUUUAUUUUUUUUAGUUUGCAAUAAUUAUUGUAUAAACUCUAUGACGACUGCUUGGGGUGGGGUUUUAUAUGUUUUAUGUGUUACAUAAAUUACCUAGACAAACAAACUUAGGAUUCGUUAAUUAAGUGGUUGUUUAAGCAAA